AUGGCCUCAUCAAAUACUUUACAAAAGGCAAUCGAUCUUGUCACUAAAGCUACAGAAGAAGAUAAAAACAAAAACUAUGAAGAGGCAUUGAGGCUUUAUGAACAUGGUGUAGAAUAUUUCCUUCAUGCUGUUAAAUAUGAAGCUCAAGGUGAAAGGGCUAAAGAGAGCAUAAGAGCAAAAUGUUUACAAUAUUUAGACAGAGCUGAAAAACUAAAAGAGUAUCUUAAAAAAGAUAAAAAGAAAAAGCCCAUGAAGGCUGGAGAGUCAAACUCUAAAAGUGAUGAGAAAAAAAGUGACAGUGAUAGUGAUUCUGAUGAUCCAGAAAAGAAAAAAUUACAAGGAAAAUUAGAAGGUGCCAUUGUGGUUGAAAAGCCACAUGUCAAGUGGAGUGAUGUGGCUGGCCUUGAGGGAGCCAAAGAAGCCCUUAAAGAGGCUGUAAUCUUACCUAUUAAAUUUCCGCACCUAUUUACAGGGAAAAGAAUACCAUGGAAGGGUAUCCUUUUGUUUGGUCCUCCUGGUACUGGUAAAUCAUAUCUUGCUAAAGCAGUGGCUACUGAAGCUAACAAUUCAACAUUUUUUUCAGUCUCUUCAUCUGAUCUUGUAUCAAAAUGGCUUGGUGAGUCUGAGAAACUUGUUAAGAAUCUCUUUGAACUGGCCAGGCAACAUAAACCAAGUAUCAUCUUCAUUGAUGAAGUUGAUUCUUUAUGUUCAUCAAGAUCUGACAAUGAAUCAGAAUCAGCCCGCAGAAUUAAAACAGAGUUUCUUGUGCAAAUGCAAGGUGUUGGUAAUGACAUGGAUGGCAUUCUUGUACUUGGCGCUACAAAUAUACCUUGGGUUCUUGAUGCAGCUAUAAGGAGGCGAUUUGAAAAACGAAUUUACAUUACAUUGCCUGAAGAACAUGCUAGACUUGAUAUGUUCAAACUUCAUUUAGGAAAUACCCGACACGUGCUAACAGAACAAGAUAUGAAAGUGUUAGCAUCUAAAACAGAUGGAUAUUCAGGAGCUGAUAUAAGUAUUGUAGUUAGAGACGCUUUAAUGCAACCCGUACGUAAGGUGCAGUCUGCAACACACUUCAAAAAAGUGACUGGACCUAGCCCUACAGAUCCCGAUAUUAUUGCUAAUGAUUUAUUAACCCCAUGUUCCCCUGGCGACCCUGGGGCUAUGGAAAUGACUUGGAUGGAUGUGCCAGGUGACAAAUUAGCUGAGCCACCAGUUUCAAUGUCCGAUAUGUUACGUUCCCUUGCAACAUCCAAGCCAACUGUAAAUGAUGAAGAUAUGAUCAAGUUGAAGAAGUUCAUGGAAGACUUUGGUCAGGAAGGUUAA